AGUACUGUAUAUAACAAUCUUCAUCCAAACAAUAGCCACGUACAACAAUGAGUGGCGAGGUACGAUACUCUCCCAGACCAAGACCCAGAACAAGACCGGUAGAUGGCAGCACAAGCCUAGAGGUCUUUCCCGGGAGGAGCAGAGCAGUAACUGUCUGAGCCACCACCACCACCGCCACCACCAUCACCAUGCCAGAGUUGACGGAGAUCGAGAAGACCUUCCCUCCAGCGGCUGAGGCAGCGGAGGACCCCGAGGCCGGCUCAGGGUCUGACUCCGACGCCUCAGAGGAAUCCCUCCCAGAGCUGGAGCAGGGUGGCUCAGCGACAGCCCCGACAGUCACAGAAUCAGCCAAGGCAGUCAAACAGAGCCGGUCGGAGAAGAAGGCACGCAAGCUUAUGUCCAAGCUGGGCCUCAAGCAGGUGCCGGGUGUGAACCGAGUCACCAUCCGCAAGAGCAAGAACAUUCUCUUCGUCAUAAACAAGCCAGACGUGUUCAAGAACCCCGCCUCCGACACCUACAUUGUAUUCGGAGAGGCCAAGAUUGAGGACAUGAACCAGCAGGCCCAGAUGGCAGCUGCUGAGAAGUUCAAGGAGCCAACCACCAACCCUGCUGCUGACACCGCUGCCCACACCACCGUUCCGGCCGCCAUACAGGAGGACGAAGAAGAGGAUGAUGAGGAGGUGGAUGAGACUGGGUUGGAAGAGAAGGACAUUGAGCUGGUGGUGUCGCAGGCCAAUGUAUCUCGAGCCAAGGCCAUAAGAGCACUGAAGAAGAACAGCAACGAUAUAGUUAACGCCAUCAUGGACCUAACGAUGUGAUGAGCCCAGGUGGCGUGAUGUCCUAACUACCUGUACCCCAAUUACCCCUCCAUGAACUCCGAACAACCCUCUAAGGGAGAGAGAAAUUAAAGUCCUAUAUUAUAUAAAGACUUGUGUGAGCCGUGUGCUGAUAUAACCUCAAAAAAGAUGAAAAAGGACAUUAUUUGAAUUGGCAGACUAGCAGAGUUUGUGUUCUGCUCUAUUGCGUAUGUACGUAUGUAUGUAUGUAGGUCUGUGCCUCAACCUCCCAGGCACUUCUGCUCUGUCCACUCAUCCUAUUAGACUGUAUUUAACCACCAAUUAAACUAUUAUGAAAGUA